AUGAAUCCAAACAAGAUUAUCGAUUUCUCAACUUUUCAUAAUCCAUCAACUUCAAUUCAAUCUAAAAUCAAAUUAUCAAAUCAAAUCAAUCAUCAACUCAACAACUUUGGUUAUCUUUAUUUAACAGAGAUUCCUAUUCAAAAUCAAACCAUUCAAGAUGCAUUCCAAUGGAGUCAAAAGUUUUUCAAUUUACCACUUGAAAUUAAACAAAAAGUAUCACAUCCGAUCGAUGGUAGUAUUAAUAGAGGUUACUCAGCCAUCGGAAUUGAAAAAGUGGUACAAAAUGAUUUAAAGAAUCCUAUUUCAAUCAAAUCAAAUCGAUCAAAACCAGAUGAUCAACGUGAAACGUUUGAUUUAGGAAAAUUUAAUUUUCAAUCCAAUCCUUCACUUCAAAACCUUUGGUUACCUGAUCCAAUUGAAAAAGAUUAUCAUUUGAAUGGAAUGCAAGACUUUUUCAAAAAGUUUUAUCAAGAAUGUUAUGAAUUUGAACAUCAAUUACUUGAAGCUAUAUCAAUCUCUUUACUUGGGAUUGAACAUCAAGAUUAUUUAUCAAACUUUCAUAUCCAAGCUGAUAAUCAAAUCAGAUUAUCACAUUAUCCUUCAAUCAUCAAAAACGAUCAUAACUUAUCAAUCAAUAGAUUCAGUCCUCAUACUGAUUUUUCUACUUUUACUAUCCUUUUUCAAGAUCAACAAUCAGGAUUAGAAAUCGAAGAUCAAUUCAAACCUAAUCAAUUCAAUCCGAUUCCUUCAAUCCCUAAUACGGUGAUCUUACAUGUAGGUGAUCUUUUGAUGAGAUGGACAAAUGAUCAUUUUAAAUCUCCUUUACAUAGAGUUAGUCUUCCAUUGAGUGAAACCAAUCUUAUUCCUGAACGUUAUUUGAUUUCAUUUUUUUGUGGACCUGAUCGAGGUACUUUGAUUGAUUGUUUAGAAACUUGUUUUCAUCCUACUCAUGAUCCUAAAAAAUAUGGUCCAAUCACGGCUGAAGCUUAUAUAGAUAUGAGAUUAAAGUUAUCAUAUUGA